AUGAGUUCCCAACAGCUCAUAGCUAACGAGUUGUUGGCGUUCAUUGAAAACGCCAUAGAUACAAUGGACGAGAUUAGCAUCCUGCAGAUCUGCAAUUUUAAAGAAGACGAGGUUUGCAGUGGCAAGGCGUUAAUCUUCCGGUCCGUCGGCAAGACCGAUCAGAUGCCAUCUCGCCGGAGGGAUGGCACAGCGAAGAGUCUGCAAAACAUCGUCACACUGCUAAAAGAAUUGGAUCCAGAUGACGUGCCUACAUUCGUGUCGAAGGAGUUACACAAGCUCCCUCCCGUCACGCUCGACCACGUCGAUGUCACCAGGUUGCUCAAGGACAUCAACUUCCUGAAAACAAAUCUGGCCGAUGUAGUGAACAAGUUGGAGGAAUCAAACAACACCACCGUCGUCAUCGGGCGCGAGGCCCCUCGCCCCGCCCCCUUCCCCUUCCGCCACACCGGAGACGUCACGCAACUGCACGUUAACACUAAAACCCGCUUACGCAGCUGCGGCCGCCAGCCGACCCGUCGUAUGACGCAACCUGAGCGGAAAUCCACUCAUCCAAAGAAGAAGGGUAGCCAAGACAUCUCUUGUGCAACUCCGACGGAAACACGUAACCGUAAUUGUGACGAUGAGGGUUUCAUCACGGUGGAGAGGAAGAAGAGGAAGCCCACUCGUCGCAAUCUGUGCGGUGUCGCCCCGAUCGGACCGAAUAACCUGCUGCGUCCAGCGGUACCUGUGACGCUCCUGUAUGUAUCCGGCUUGCAUUACACCACGAAGGCGGAGGGGAUUACUUGCGUACCAAGACCAAUUUCUCCCUGA